CCGGCACACGGGCGCACGGUGCGAGAUUUUUACGUGCGCAAAGCCGCAAACCCAUCCACGGCCCCGGGCCACGCCCGAGCCGGCCGGCCGGCCGGCCUUGCGUGCGUGCGUGCGGCGGCGCCAGCUCGGACCGCGGAGGCGUCCGUGCUUUUGCUCGCAGUCGUAUUCGCACGCCGCAGCGAGCCAGCGACCGACACACCAAUCCCCCGCACCCCGCGCCGUAGCUACAUGGCCUGGUGCGCCCUGCGCAGCCGCGUCCUCCCGCUCCCCACCGCCGCCGCCGCGCCCCACCACCUGCUCCUGCGCUUCCUCCUCUCGACCGCGGCCCCGCGCCACGCGCACCACCGCCGCCGCCUCGCCCCCACCGUCUACGCCGCCGCCGCCGCCGCCGCCGAGGCGCCGCUCCCCAUGUCAACGCGCUUCGGCCGGGCCACGCGGCAUCCCGGGAGCGCCGAGUCCGUGGCACGCGUCUACGCCGACGUCAACGCCCAGCAGCCCAAGGAGUACUGGGACUACGAGUCUCUCGACAUUCAGUGGGGAGUGCAGGAUGGGUACGAGGUGCUGCGGAAGCUGGGGAAGGGGAAGUACAGCGAGGUGUUCGAAGGCUUCCGGGCUGGGAGCGACGAGAGGUGCGUCAUUAAGAUCCUCAAGCCCGUGAAGAAGAAGAAGAUAAAGAGGGAAAUAAAGAUACUUCAAAACUUAUAUGGCGGGCCAAAUAUUGUAAAGCUACUUGAUGUUGUCAGAGAUGAUGAAUCCAAGACGCCUAGUCUGAUCUUUGAAUAUGUCAACAACACUGACUUCAAAGUGCUUUACCCUGCACUAUCUGAUUAUGAUAUCAGAUAUUAUAUUUUCGAAUUAUUGAAGGCACUAGACUAUUGUCAUUCACGAGGUAUCAUGCACCGAGACGUCAAACCUCACAAUAUCAUGAUUGAUCAUGAGAAACGCCUGCUUCGUCUUAUUGACUGGGGCCUUGCGGAGUUCUAUCAUCCCAAGAUGGAAUAUAAUGCUAGAGUUGCUUCAAGAUGCUACAAGGGCCCUGAACUUCUUGUGGAUUUAUUAGAUUAUGAUUACUCAUUGGAUUUGUGGAGCCUCGGUUGCAUGUUUGCAGCAAUGAUAUUCCGAGUGGACCCUUUCUUUAGUGGCCAGGAUAAUUAUGACCAAUUAGUGAAAAUAACUGAGGUUCUUGGUACAGAAGAUUUCUAUAACUACCUUGAAAAAUAUGGCCUCCAACUUGACCCACAACUGGAAAGACUUGUUGGAAGACAUACUAGGAAACCAUGGUCGAAGUUUGUUAACGCUAGGAACAGACACCUAGCUAACCCUGAGGCUAUUGAUUUGGUAGAUAGGCUCCUCCGGUAUGAUCACCAGGAAAGGCCUACAGCUAAGGAAACCAUGGCUCAUCCAUAUUUCAGUCCAGUAAGAAGCUCCGAAAGCAGCAGGACAAAAUCACAAUAGCUACAGGAUGUGCAAAGGUGCAUUUUCUUUUUUCAAGUGGUUUGAUACUGUCAUGCGAGGCAUGUCAUAUUUGACAAUUUUUUGAACUGGUGUCAAAUGUGUAGAGAAAAUACUCGAUUUUUAAGGCAGGUACAUGAUUUAUCCAGCAUAAGGUCAUAGUCGGCAUGUAUGUGUCACACAUUUUGUGUGCAGGAGUUAAUUCUUUUUCUCUGCUGAUUGUUCUAUUUCGAAUAAUUUAUUUCACCAGUGGGCUUGAAUACUGCA